AUGUUCUCCAAGACUUUCUCUACCGCCGCCGCGGCCCUGAUCGCUGCCCAGCUGGUCUCUGCCCAGACCUACACCAGCUGCAACCCCAUGGAGAAGACCUGCCCCGAUGACCCUGCUCUGGGCACCACCGUUUCGGUUGACUUCACCAAGGGCGCGAACGAUCUUUUCGAGGAGCUUGAGGGUACGACCAUCUCCUACGAUGACGCUCAGGGUGCUGUCUUCAGCAUCAGCAAGGAGACCGAGGCUCCCACCAUCCAGACCAACAAGUGGAUCUUCUUUGGCAAGAUUGAUAUCACCUUGAAGGCCAGCACCGGUCAGGGUGUCGUUACCAGCUUCGUCCUGCAGUCCGACGAUCUUGACGAGAUUGACUGGGAGUGGCUCGGUGGUGACACCACCCAGGUCCAGACCAACUACUUCGGCAAGGGAGACACCACCACCUACGACCGUGGUGCCUACCACCCCGUCAGCAGCCCCCAGGAUGACUUCCACACCUACACCAUCGACUGGACCCAGGAGUACGUCAAGUGGUACAUUGAUGGCAACCUGGUCCGCACUCUGCUCUACGCCGAUGCCAAGGAUGGCACUCGCUUCCCCCAGACUCCCAUGCAGAUCAAGCUCGGAACCUGGGUCGCUGGCCGCAAGGAUGCUCCUACCGGUACUGUCGAGUGGGCUGGUGGCUACACUGACUUCAGCUCUGCUCCUUUCCUGGCCUACUACAAGUCCAUCACCAUCCAGGACUACAGCAACGGUGUCGAGGGUGCCACCUACUACUCGUGGUCUGAGGGCUCUGACGGUUCCUACGAGAGCAUCAACGUCCUCACUGGCGACAGCGACUCCAACGACACCAAGACUGACAGCGCCAGCGCCACUGGUGACAAGACCACCAUGUCCACUGCUACCAUCACCAGCGCCGGUGGACUUACCCAGGCCACUGGAGGAAGCGACACCAACGUCACUCUCAGCGCUACUGGCACCGAGACUAUCGCUACCAGCGCUACCGGCUUUGUCAGCACCGUCAGUGCCACUGGUACUGCUUCCUCCUCCGCCAGCGCCUCGACCAGCAGCACCGCUACCAGCGGUGCCCUCCAGAAGGGUGCCAACCUGGCUCUCCUGGGAGCUUCCGUCUUCCUCGGCUACCUCGUCCUCUAA